CUUCUCCAAAGCCCGGAAUACCGCUCCGAUCCGCCCCUCUCCGCGCCGCGCCGUCUCAAUGUCUGCGGAUGACGACCAGGACGACUUGGGGGCCCUCGAGGCCUCCCCGCCCUCUUCUCCGGGGGGCCCCGAGGGGCCCCCGAGGGGCCCCCCGGGAGGCAGUGGGGGCGCGAGUCAGGGCCCCGCAGCAGCAGCAGCAGCGGCGGCGGCGGCGGGGGGCCCCCGGGGGAAGCUGCAGCAGCAGCGCAGCGACUGGUACGCAGCGCAGCAAAGGGCCCUUGCUGCUGCUGCUGCUUCGGUCACUCCUUUGUUUGUGUCUGGGGGGGCCCUGCACUCCACCAGCACCAAAAACCAGCAAGUCUACUUGCCGCCCACCCUAA